AUCGGUGCUAAGCCUGCCAGCUGAGCAAAAUGCUGAUGUGUCAUGUUAAUUAAUGAGGAGAGAGUCUCGUUCAGUAACCCCACAAGGAAACGGUGCCAGACGCAGAUACCUAGGCAAAAGGUGGAGUUAUUAAUCGAUCCCGUGCGGCUGGGUACCGAGCAGUCGCCUCCUUUUUUCUCGUUCCUCCCCAACUCCCCCACGCGCAACCCCUGCCGCCGCUUCUUCUUCCUCGCCCAGCGCGGUCGCCCCGAUGCAGCCGCUCCAUCCUCCACCAGCAGCCCCGCCCCGCCGCUGAUCGUCGCCUACAGCGCCGCCAUACCAUCCUCAGUUUCAGCCGGCCGCAUGGACCGUCGCCGGGAGAAGUUCGCCGGGGCACCACCGGCUCCGCCUCUGUUCGCCGGGGCACCACCGGCUCCGCCUCUGUUCGCCGCUGCACCACCGGCUCCUCCUAUGUUCGCAGCUGCCAACAGCUCCUCCGGCCAGUCAGCACCUGGUCUUUGGCCAAUGUAUACCCAUCCACCUGAUUGUUUUCUUAGUUUAUCAGGCAGUCCACGAACCCCACCAUUCCAGCCAAUGCACUAUCGAUCGCAUGUGGUUAUGGUGAGGAGCAGCUACAGGCCUUCGCCUUGGAGAAAUAUGAAGCCAACCAACAAUCAGCUUUCCAACAUUUGACAAUGUGGAGAGAUCUGAAGGACAACGGAAAGUGGCUUGCAGCAAUGAAAAAAAAUGAAUGGGGAGCAAGAUAAAAUAGAUAUAACAUCUGGUGCUAUUGAUGUGGAAGAUGAGGAGCGCCCUCCGGGUUGUGAUACAUCUAAGGAUGAGCGUGAUGGUAAACGCAAACCGAAGGAGUCGGUUACUUUGCUUGGAGAAAAAAUUGACACUUUUAUUGAGACCCAGAAAACGUCUAGGCUGGAGCGGCAGAAGGUUAUAGAUAGCCAACAUCAACUCUCAAGUCAGCAGCUUGAAACCGCUAAACUUGCCAAGGAGACAAAAUUGAUUGAGCUCUAGCAGAAGUUAUUGUUUGCUGAUACAAGUGCCAUGGAUGACGACGCGAAAGUUGAACGUGCCAAGGCAAUGGCAAGUCUGAGGUCUAUACUAUUUCCAGAAGAAAUGUGAGGUUUAUGCUAUUUCCUUAUUCAUGUUAACUCUGUAGUGUGAUAGAACUCAUUGAUCGAAUCUAUUAGAUGAACUAUAUGCAUGUGGUGUAAGCAUGUCUCUACCUUGUGUUGGAUAUAUCAAGUGAGAUGUAAACCUAUGUUAUUUCUAUUUUCUCAAGCAAAGUAAGAUCUAUGCUAUUUCCUCA